AUGCCAAACAUCGGCGACACCGACCAGCGAUCCUCCAGAUGGAUUCGCAGCCUCCGACAGGGCUUCGAAGUUUUCGAAGGCGAAGACGGCAGCAAGCUCGCUGCCAUCAACGCGCUGCUUGACUCUUGCAACGAUGCUUCUGACAAUCAGCCAAGAAAAGUCAGAAUCUUCUACAAAGAGGGAGCUGACUGGACAUACAUCGCCGCGAACCAUACGUUUACAACCGACGAGCUCAAUACUGGGCUUGAGCUUGGCACCGACUCUCGAGAUCUACUUGUUGCCCCUGUCCUGAUGCAUCACCACGCGCAAGCUGUGACCAAGGCCUUCACCGUCGUCGCCACGCAUAACAACUCUCAGGUCCAGUUCGUCUCCGAAUGCGUGGGAAAUAUCGCGGACGCGGGUAUUGAAGAGCCUGUGUACUUUUUCAGCGAGCGUAUCGAUCGCAACAUUGAAAUCCUCAAGCUCGAGACAGGCACCGCCGAUGCCGAGAUUUGCCGCGUCCCUUCCCUCUUCUACUACAUUGAUCAUGCACCUUUCGCCCGUGGCAACUCAAGCGCGCCAAGCCAAGGCAACAAUAUCACUACCAGGGCCUUCAGCCCGGGAGGUGGCCCCUCUUCCAUGGCCGUGUCUAUCCUCGAGGCUGCGACGCCCCCGUCUCACAAGAGCCUCGCGUGUCGUCAGACAUCCUUGGGCCCCCGCGUGGUAGCACUGCACCCGGGAACGAUCAAUGAUGUAGUGGUUGCGGACUCUAUGGUCCUGGCGCCGAUUCCUUGGGGCUCAGACAUCAACGGCAAGGAUACCCUGGCCGAUGCCGUCUCUGCCGUCUAUGUAUUCUAA